AUGCCGUCCGUUAUCACUGCUCCGGCUCUAAAGGCCGGCGCAACGAUUGCCUUUAUAUCACCCUCGUCUCGACUAAACAACGUCUUCCCCGCAGCCAUCGCUCGCUCAGAGGCACUACUAUCCAGCCGAGGCUACCAAGUCCGCAUCUUCUUCACGCCAGAUCAAGGCUGCAUCCAAUCGUCCAUCGCGAACCGGCACGCAGAGAUUCGUUCCGCCUUCCUGGACCCUAGCAUCUCCGCCGUCAUCUGCACCAUUGGCGGCGGGGCUUUCACCGAACUGCUCCCCGUCCUGCUCCGUGAUCGAGAGCUACACGCAGGUAUCCGGGCGAAUCCGAAAAUCGUGGUCGGCAUGUCAGACAAUACGGGCCUGCACUGGUUCCUGUAUGGACUCGUCGGGCUGCGCACCUUCUACGGGCCCAGCGCCAUACCCGAGCUCGGCACGGCGGACGACAUCACCGACGAGGCGUCUCCGCUCGCGUUCUGCGUGCGGUCCCUAUUCAACGCCAUCGCAGCGCCAGUGCCGCUCGGCGACGUCCCUCGCUCCGCCGUCUACGCACCCAAGGCGCCCCCCUUCUUCUUCCACGACCCCGCCUCCACAGCCGUCCAGGACGUGGUCCCCGCGCCGCCAUGGCACUGGCUCCGGCGCGGCCAGGCCGAGGGCCGCCUGUUCGGCGGCUUCCUGCUCACCGUGCCGCGGCUCAACGGCGUGCGCGCCCUGGCGCCCGACUGGCGCGGGCGCAUCGUGUUCCUGGAGACGUCCCAGGGGGACGAGAGCGGCGACGACGUGAGCCUCGUGCGCAUCGCGGUCGCGGACUUGCUCGCGCAGGGCGUGUUUGAGGAGGCGGCGGGCUUGGUGGUGGGCAGGGCGUUUGGAUAUGAUACGGAGGAGCGGAGGGAGCAGUUUGCUGGUGUUUUUAGGGAGCUGCUGUGUGAGGGGGAGAGGGGUAAGGAGAAGGAGUUUCCUAUUUUGCUGAAUGUGGAUAUUGGGCAUACGACGCCCAUGGUCACUCUGCCGUUUGAUGUCUUGGCCAGGCUGGACUCGGAGAGGGAUCAGUUCACCAUUUUAGAGUCUGGGGUGAGUUAG